CGCGCCUCCGGGGCAGCCCCGCAUGGUCCUGGCCGCUGCCAUGAGCCAGGCCCCGGCUCCCCGCGGCGCUGACCCGCCGGAGAGCGAUGCCCGCAGCGGGGCCCCCGGCCGAGGGAUGCCGCCGCCGCCGCCCAGCCUGCCCCAGCUCCUGCACAAUGCUGCCAAGCUCCUGGAAAAGAGCCCGUUCUCUGUUGGCGCCCCGAGCCCCCUGCUCCCCUCGCCAGCGAGCCUGCAGCUGGCCCAGCUCCAGGCGCAGCUCACGCUCCACAGGCUGAAGUUGGCUCAGACAGCCGUUACCAACAACCCAACUGCUGCCACCGUCCUUAACCAGGUUCUCUCCAAAGUGGCCAUGUCCCAGCCACUCUUCAACCAGCUGAGGCACCCCACCGUGAUGAAUGCCCCACAGGGCCACGCCGCGGGGCCGCCGCAGGGGCCCGGCAUCGCCGGCACGAGGUUCCCCUCCAGUGGCAUUGCCUUUCCUGCCCAGAGCCCAGCCUUAGCCACGCCAGGGAGUGGCCUGGGGCCUGUCCAGGCCCAGGCCCCCAAUGCCAUCGUCAUGAGCCCCUUUGGAGGUGUCAUGGCUCCAACCUCUGGCCAGCAACCCGUGGUGGUGGGCCUCAACAAGGCGGGUGCCUCCACGUCCGCCGCUGCAGGGGGCUUUUAUGAGUACAAUAAGCAAAAUGCCGCCACGGCCACCCCUCAGGCGUACGCCUCAGAGGGCGACCAGUCCAGCCAGCACAGCUUCCUCGCUGGUGGGACCCACACCGCUGCCUCGGCAGCAGGGCCACGCUACGAGGGUCACUUCGGGGCUCCCAGCCAGCUGCAGCACGAGGCGUCGGCAGCAUUUCCCAAGGAGUCCUACGGGGCAGCAGCACAGCACGGGGCAGCACGGGCCUUCCCCAGCGACCCACACACCAGCUCCCAUUCAAAAGGAGAUCCCGGCCCCGUCUUGCAUGGCAGUGGUACAAGCAACCAGUGGGAAAACAUCCCUAAUUUCCCCAGCCAAAACAAGCCUGACCUCAUGCCCAGCGACAGCCUGUGGCCGUCAGCGAGUCAGCAGCAGUAUGAAAUAAGAAACGAGCUGUACAACCCCGAAGAGCCGACACCUGACACAAAGUUCAGCGCGGCCGCCCCCCCCGCCUUCGGCCGCCUCAACCACAGCACACAGAGCUUCGGCAGCCCUCGCAUGAGGCAGAAGGAGGAGCAGAGCAGCAGCGUGCCCGACCUGACCACUCGCUCCCUGCCGCCACACCAGCUGGGUGACCUCCGUGGCGUGGCCCCUCUCCACUUCCCCCACGUCUGUGCCCUGUGCGACAAGAAGAUUUUCGAUCUGAAGGACUGGGAUCAGCACAUUAAGGGAAGUCUUCACAUCCAAAAAUGUAUGGCUUUUUCAGAUAACACUGGUAUCCGGUGUAUGUUAAGCUCAGCAGAUGGAACAUUGCAUUUAUCACCAAAUAAUGCAGCAGUUUUCAAUCCACCUAGUAUCGAAGAUUAUCCACCAAAUGUCGGCACAUCUUUUAUCACUACGCCAGCAAGAUCCUUUGGCCAGCCAGGUCCUACAUUUUCUUCUCCUCCAUCAGGGUUUGCCCAGAGGAAAUCUACACUGGGUCGAGUUGUUCACAUCUGCAACCUCCCUGAGGGAAGCUGCACGGAGAAUGAUGUCAUUAACUUGGGCCUCCCAUUUGGAAAGGUCACCAACUAUAUCCUCAUGAAAUCCACUAAUCAGGCCUUUCUGGAAAUGGCUUACAGUGAAGCAGCUCAAGCCAUGGUGCAGUACUACAAAGAAAAACCUGCUAUGAUAAAUGAUGAGAAGUUACUUAUUAGGAUGUCUAAAAGAUACAAGGAAUUGCAGCUGAAGAAACCAGGUAAGAAUGUGGCUGCUAUCAUCCAGGACAUCCAUUCGCAGAGGGAGAGGGACAUGCUGCGUGAAGUGGACAGCAGGUAUGGAAUGGACAGGCCCCGCUCUCGCAGUCCCAUCAGCCGCUCUCUGUCACCCCGAUCCCACACUCCCAGCUUUACUUCCUGCAGUUCACCACACAGCCCAAUGGGGACCAGCAGGACUGACUGGGGAAAUGGGAGAGAGGCAUGGGAUCAGUCCCCGUAUUCUCGACGGGAAGAGGAAAGAGAUAGCAGAGAAUGGCGAGAGAAUGGGGAUGAGAAGAGGGACAGGACUGACACGUGGGUACACGAGAGGAAACAUUAUUCCCGACAGCUGGACAAGUUUGAUUUGGAUGAACGGCUUGAAGGAGGCAGAGGAUACCGAGAAAAAUACUUACGGACUGGUUCCCCUGGCUCCCUUCACCCUUUAUCUGGCUACAAGAACAGGGAGGAUGACUAUUACCGAAAAUCCUCUAAGUCAAAAUCUGACAAGUUUCAGAGGCAGCAGCAGGAUGUACCUGGGAGAUCUAAGAGAAAGGAAGAGGCAAAGUUAAGGGAACGCAGGCAUUCUUACAGCGACGACACUGCCAGGGAGGAGGUGGCUGAACAGAAGCACGGCAAAGCAUUUGAGGGCUCCAGGCAAAAACAAAGUGAGAAGAAUAAGGCGAAGAAAGCCGAAAAAGACGAAGAAGAAGAUGCUACUGCUGAAAGCAGUGAUGUGAAGGAAACCAAACCACCAGAGAAUGAGCUUGAAAAAGAGGAGCAAGUUCCAGAGGAGAGCUCACCUUCAGAUAAUAAACAAGGAAAAGAAUCCGGAGAGGUUCUGGAAAACACAAGAAAAGAGAAGGACCGAGACUGGGAGAGUGGAAGUGAAAUAGAAGGUGAGACCUGGUAUCCUGCUAACAUGGAGGAAUUAGUGACAGUAGAUGAAGUGGGAGAAGAUGAUUUAAUUAUGGAGCCUGAUAUAACUGAGCUUGAAGAAAUAGUACCAGUUGAUCAAAAAAAUAAAGCUGCUUCAGAAAUGUGCCCCUGUAUGUCAACUGUGUUAGAACUGAAAAACAAUCACAGCCACUUAACCAGGAGUGAAGACAAAUGUGCCCAUAAAGCUUUAGAAACAAAUUUGAGAACAGCAAAGGGCAGUGCAGCUUCUAGCGGCUGUCAGGAUGAUGAGGAGGAUGAUGGUAAUGAUGAUGCUGUAACUGAAGCAUCAAGCCUAAAUCUGGACCCUGAACAGAAGCCAGAGGAAUGGAAAGAAGACCAAUCUGCUAAGGAGUCUGAUCCCCAGCAGAAGGAAGGAAAAAUUGAUAAGAGCUCUGACACACAUUUAGAGCCUGAAGAUCACCAUAUACCUUCUGUUCAUCUGAAAGAAGAGACUCUCCAGCUCUCUGAUGCAUUUAUAGAUGAUUACAAACAGAUGGGAUCACAAGGAGCUGAGAGCAGACAAGUUACGGAAACGCUUGUUAAAAACACCAGUGAAGAAACAAGACAUGGAAGCCAAGAGUGUCCAGAGGCCAAGGCAAAUUCUAGGUACCUGGAAAUGAGAUCUCUGGAAUACCCGGAGGUGGAAUCUAAACAAAGGCACUCUCCACCAGGCUGGGAACAAGAGGACGUCUUCACCGAGCUCAGCAUUCCCCUGGGUGUGGAAUUUGUGGUGCCUAGAACUGGCUUUUACUGCAAGCUCUGUGGACUCUUCUACACAAAUGAAGAGACAGCAAAGACAAGUCACUGCAGGAGUACUGUUCACUACAAAAAUCUUCAGAAGUAUCUAUCCCAACUUGCAGAAGAGAGCCUGAAAAUGAAGGAAGAAGGCAGCCAUCUGCCUCAGGACGACACUGGCAUUGUUCCUCACUUUGCAAAGAAAAAACUAUGAUGCAGAUGAACUGGAAGAGCUAUAAUGAGUGAAUGCUGAUAUUUUAUUUUUUUUUAAUUUCUAUGAUAUAACUGUCAAUUUGCACUGUACAGAGGAGGGGAAAUAAAGAGCAUGUUUCCAUGCAUCUAUGCCCAGAGUGCCAUUAAAAACCAAAAUGCCUGAAA